AAGGAAGAGGACAGUAAUGAAAAUUAAAGAGAAAAGAAAAAAUUGUGGGGGGAAGGGAGAUGGGUUGGGUGGGUAAAGUUCCUCAAACCAAGGUCCAGACAACUUCUCAUCAGGAUUUAGGGAAGCAUUGCCGAGGAUGAUUGAGGGAUAUGGAUGAAAAUGAGUCCACAUCAGAAGGUCUCAAACGGCAGUGACCUUCAAUCUACCAGAAGUGGACCGGUGACCAGGCCUGUGGAUGAAAAGAAAAUGAAGUCCACAAUCCCAAGAAGAAAAACCGCUGUGAUUAAAGCUUUCAGCAAAACCAGACAAAGUGAUGAGUAUGGGGCAUGUAAUGUAUCCCAAAAUGCAGUGCUGUUGAUGGAAGCUCACGUUCACCUUACCACCGGCUUGCAGUCAAGAGAGAGACUUCUGCUGCUUUUCUCAGACUCACUUAUCAUCACCAAAACUAAGUCUCUGUAUCUAAAGCUGAAGGCUCGUGUUAGCCUCUCAGACAUAUGGCUGGCAUCCUGUGUUCAUUACAUCACAGACAGGAAGCUCACCUCCAAGAACUCAUUUGUGAUUGGCUGGCCGACUACCAACUAUGUCGUCACUUACAGCUCAUCAGAAACAAAGGAGAGAUGGUUACAUGCUCUUCAGUGGCAUACCUGCAGAGCCAGGCAAAAAGUCUUGCCAAAUGCCAUUCUUCUCUACGUCCUGCUGAUUUGCCAUCCAGAUGACACCAGCUCAGCGACCGUUGCUGUGGCAGUGGACGUGAGCACGACUGCAGAAAAUGUGGUUCAGUACAUAAUGCAGCAGUGCAAACUAUUGGGUGAAGUCUCAGACUACCAGUUGUGUGUAAACUAUGAAAAAGAAGAGGAAACAUACCCCCUUAUUGGCCACGAGUUACCAUUUUUCAUCCUGCAUCACUCCCUGAGAAGUCAGCAAGAUCAACUGCACAUGCCCAGUGAGCCCCUGCAGGAAGCCUUUAGUUCUGGCCAGCAGACAGAAGCUACUCCCAAGACCCCUCACUUCACCCUAAAAAACAGAACACACUCUCCUAGAGGUGCUUUGCUGAAACAUAAAAGGAAAAGGUCUCUGAUUGAUUGGGCUCUGAGGAGGGGACACUUCAACCAAUCCGAUGGCCAAUCUGACCCACAAACUGCCUCUCACAAGCUAUUCGGCCAGCCUCUGUCCUCCAUUUGUUCUGAUGGAAACCUGCCCAAGCCAGUAAUGGACCUGCUGUAUCUGCUGUUCUGUGAGGGUCCAGAGACCCGAGGAAUCUUCCGUCGUUCAGCAAAUGCCAAAAACUGUAGGAUCCUAAAGGAGCGAAUGAAUUCUGGGCAAAGUAUUUCACUGCAUGAACAAUCAGUGUUCGUCUCUGCAUCUCUAAUUACAGAGUUUUUACGCAAACUGCCUGGUGGUGUUUUGUGCUGUGAAUUAUAUGAGGACUGGAUGGAAGUGCUACAGACUGAGGAUCAACAAGACAGACUUAACAGAGUCAGAAUUUUGCUUGCACAGUUGCCAGAGGAGAAUGUCACCUUGCUGUGUCUCUUAUUUGGAGUGUUACACAGGAUACACACUCACUCUGAGGUGAAUCAGAUGACAGCAACAAACCUGGCCCUUUGCAUUGCACCCAACAUGCUCUGGAGGUCUUCCCAAAUCAGUCCUGACAAAGAGGGACAGAGUGUGUUGCAGGUCGCCACGCUCAUCCAGUACCUGAUUGAAAACACGCCUGCCAUAUUUGGAGAUGAUCUGGAGAGUCUGUUCACCAGGCAGAUGAAUUCAGGGCAGGAAACAAGUGACUAUGCAGAUGGUUCGUAUCUUCUUCAGCACUCCUCUUCGGAGGACACAGAUCAAGACUUCACCGUUUCAUCCCAACUAUUGCCUGAAGUUCAUCCUCUUAUCCUCCCUCUGGCUACACUUUCUCUGAAAGAAAAGAGGAGAGCCCAGCCCUUUCAUAUUGAUAUGCCAUCGACAGAAGGCACCUACAGCUGUGGAACACUGGAUUCCAUUUCAUCGUGUUCCAGUGCGUCUGUAAGCAUGCUGGGAGUUGGGGAACUCAGCCAGUCACGUGACCGUUGCCUCUCUGAGCCUUCCAUGUAUUUUUCCACACCCCAAACUCCAGCUCUAAAUCAUAGCCCUGUUAUCCGCCAAUCCAGCUAUGAUGCAGCUGUAACAGACAGCAGAAAUGAGCAGUCACACAGUUCCUUGGGGUUAAGGCCACAACAACAAUCACACAAUUCUGGAAUGGGUACAAGACGCCGCCGCUACACUUUCUGGAAGUCACCGCAAAUCCCCACCCGCUUUCGUCAUCCUGCGCAGAGAUUGGCCAGCAUGUCAAGUCUGUCAUCAACUACCACUUCUUCCCUCAGCUCACUGGAUAGUACGUUGUCUCUCAGUUCCGCUGAUCCAAUUCCCAACCCUCAAGAUACACAGUCCAGGCCUUUUCUGUUUGGCGCUACUGCGAGACUGCGGCCUCUCACACCUGAAAUGUCCAGAAAGCAGGGUACAAGUGCUUUCACAUACGAAGAGGACGUUAGGAGAGAAAGAGUUCAAGAAAUGGAAGAUGAGAAAGAGAAUGAAUUUAAAGUAUCUUUUUGUGACUAUGAUGGAGAAAGAAACGAGAAUGAGUCCUUAGGUGAUAUUCAUGAGGUUAAAGGUGCAACAAGACCAUGUGUGUCAGAGUGUCAUGCUGAGACUAUGUGCAGCAUGGAGUUCAGUGUGAAUCCAAUACAUUCCUCCACCUCAUGUCAGAUAGAGCCCAAUUCUGACAUGAAUUCACAAGCGAUCUCUCUGAAUCCAUGCAGUAUAUGGACAGUCCCACAUGCGAAUCCGAUUGGCAGUGUAAUACAGGAAUCCCAGGUCACACAAAUGCUCACAAACACACCCACAAUGACACAAAAACAAUCCAGUAGCAAAGGAGAAAACCCUGUAAGUCAGUUGCAGCUGGAGCAAUCAAAUGCUUACUCCAACAUUAAUGCCUCGGGUGGGCAGAAAGUGAGCAGAAUGAAAAUCACAGUCUUUCCUUCUGCAGGAAGAGUGAUGCUAAAACAUUCAAAGGACACGGAUCAAACCCAAAACAUCCUGGUGGAAACAGAGCAGAAAGUUGAAGGAAAAGUGCGAGAAUCUGUUCAGGUACAAAUCCCCCAGACAUUGUUUUAUGGUCAUAAUGUUCCGUUAGUAUUACUUACUACACCUCCGCAGCAAACAUCAGUCCAGGUGAGGACACAUUGUACUUCUCCUAAUGAUGUGGAUGUAAAAGACGAAGGCUUGAGUGCUAAUGCUAAUGUUAGCUUUGUCCCAACUGAUAUUAGCAAUGGCGUAGCAAUGGCACAGAAAAGUCCUACUGUUCAGAGCGUCAGAUCUGUUAGUCAUAGCAUGAGCACUGUUGAUGACCUGCACCAUCCUGGCUGUACUACUGAAACCGCUAACCCUGCUGUUAGCAUUAGCAGUGUUAGUGUUAACCCAAGUAUAAAGGUAUUUCAUAGCAAAGCUAAUCAGAGCGUGGCCAAUCCAAAACCUGCUAAAAAAUCCUCUGGAACUUUUCGCCACACAAUCUGUAUCAAGCUCCCUGGCAACAGAGGGACAGCACAGAACAAGCCAUUACCAUAACUAAAUUUGGUGAUGUAAUAUGCAUCAUAUGUAAUUUCAAUGAAUGUUUUUUUUUUUUUUUUUUUUUUUUUUUUUAAGCGAGCUUGGGUGUAGAGGCUACAGGCCUAAAAUGGAAAUACAUUUCCACAGGGAUUUCACACUGUGGGUGUGUCUUUUCAAACUUCUGCAGAGACACAAAGAGAAGGGAGUGAUGCAGUUGUGUGAAUGGAGAACACAUAUUGCUGGGUUUUAGUCUAUGCUUGUAAUGAAGGGAAAAAAAUCUCUGGGCACAGAAAGUGUAAAAUACAGUGUUGGUAGUAUGAUGAGUUUUAUUAAUGAGUUUAAAUAAACUAUAAAUACUUUAACAUUACAGAACUGAAUAAAAAAGUCUAAACAAAACUGGACUUUCAGUAUGUGGACAAAAUCAGCUGAGACAUUUAUCAAAAUAUCUUUUGGGUUUUUACGUACACAGUAUUUUGGAACAACAUGAGGCUGAGGAAAUUAUGAUAUUUUUUGUGGGGGGGAACUAUCCUAUCGAUAGUGAACUAACCCUUUAAGAAAUUAAUUAAUUAUAUAUAUAUAUAUAUAUAUAUAUAUAUAUAUAUAUAUAUAUAUAUAUAUAUAUAUUUAACAAUAAUUAGUAUUACAUUUUUUUAUAUAAACCCAUCUAUAUAUUAUAUAGUUAUUAUAUGGUGCAAGGUGCAGGUGAUUUAAAGCUAGACAAGCCUUGCAGCUUUUCACACCAUGCAGUUUGCUUUAUAAAUCCAUACAAAUUUCUAGACUUUUUUAGACUGAACUGAAUUCAUUGUGCAGUCAGCAUCUUUUUUGUUCAUUUAUAACAAUAAUUUGUGACUGAAUUUGACCAUUUAAUUUUUCAUUCUGCAUUCUUAAUUCAGAAAUCACAAUUGCAAAAAUUGUAUACACAUUAACUUUGUUAGCCUUAAAAUUUACACUUAGUAAUAUCUAUCAAAUUAUCCACGGGUCCCCAGAAACCCCCGAAUUAAAGUACAUAGCAAUUAAAGCCAGUUUUUUAUUAAUAUCAAUAAAGUCAGUCAUAAAAAUUUGCUUAAAAAAGACAAUAAAACAUGCUCGUGCUUCAGGCAUUAUUGGAAGUCAAUAUGAUGGUAAUCACACUUUAGAGGUAUGUAGGACGUUUUAAGUACUUAAGUGGAAGAAGGUAAACGGCAGAUGUUACAAAGUGCUGGCAUCACUAUAGUAACAUAGCAGGUGGCAGGAGAAGGAACUUCAGUGAAGACGGCAGGAAAUGGUAUAAGGGAAGCAGCGUGAUCUGCAUAAGAUGCUGUGAUAAGACCAUUAGAGGAACAUUAAGGAGGAACAAGCGGGUGGGAGGUGUUUAUAGAGACAAGUAUGCAUAGUGUAGAUCUGGUGAAUAACAUUAGUGGAUAACUGAAUGAUGUUUUGAUUGAUCAUAUGGUUCAGAGUCAUGUAGUUGUGAUGUGAGAUGUGAUAAGCUUGUGCCGCACAAUCAAGCAUCAGACAGCAGACUUCCUUGAACAAGUGGUGGCUAUUGCACUUGGAUGCAUUUUAUAUAUAUAUAUAUAUAUAUAUAUAUAUAUAUAUAUAUAUAUAUAUAUAUAUAUAAAUA